GCACCGGGUGACAUGCUCGCCGGCCACUGAGUGGCGCGAGCGACGCGUUGCCUUCCCUCGCGAGUGCAGUGCAGUGACGGGGACGGGGCUCGGUUGCUAGCCCCGCUAGUUCACCCCAUGUCGUGGCCCCCGAGCGGCCCAGGACGGCGCCAAGACGACGCCCCGCAGAGGACGGCGAGGACGGAGGAGAGCAGCUAGCGCACGGCUAGCGCGAGCCCAGCGAGCCAACGCUGGUGAUUUCUUCCCCGCCAAGUGUACAUUAAAAUCGCCAAGCUGUUGCUGGACAUGUCAGCGUACUCUCAGUUCGGGUACUCGUACCCGGCGCCCUCCCAGCUGCUGGUGGCGGGGCAGCCCACCACGGCCACCUCCCCUCCCGCGGGGGCGGGGUCCGGGGCCGUGAGCCCGGCUGGAGGGACGCCCACCAACACGGGGUCGUCGGCGGUGCCGCUGGGCCCGUCGACGACCCCCGUCCCGGGGUCGGUACCCUCGGUCCCCGGCGCGGCGUCCGGCCCCGUGCCAGGGGGUGGGCCGCCGGGCCCCGGCGCAGGGCCGCCCCCGCCCGGAGGCUCCUGCUGCGAGAACGGGCGGCCCAUCAUGACGGACCCCGUGUCGGGGCAGACGGUGUGCUCGUGCCAGUACGACUCGGCAAGGCUCGCGGCGCUCUCGUCGUACCCCAGGCUGUCGUCGUCGGGCGUGGGCCCCGUCUACGGCACCCCCUACCCGUCCACCGACCAGAACCCCUACCCCAGCAUAGGCGUCGACAGUUCGGCCUUCUACUCUCCGCUGAGCAAUCCCUACGGCCUCAAGGACAGCGGGUCCUCGGACAUGACGGCCUGGACGCCGGCCGGACUGCAGCCCACCACGGGGUACUACCCUUACGACCCCACGCUCGCGGCCUACGGGUACGGCGCGGGCUACGACCUGGCGGCCCGGCGGAAGAACGCGACCCGGGAGUCGACGGCCACCCUCAAGGCGUGGCUCAGCGAGCACAAGAAGAACCCGUACCCGACCAAGGGCGAGAAGAUCAUGCUGGCCAUCAUCACCAAGAUGACGCUGACGCAGGUGUCGACGUGGUUCGCCAACGCGCGGCGGCGCCUCAAGAAGGAGAACAAGAUGACGUGGGAGCCGAAGAACAAGACGGACGACGACGAGGACGCCGUCGUGAGCGACAGCGACGACAACUGCACGGGCAGCCAGCGCGACAAGGACGAGCAGAUGCUGCUGCACCAGCGCGACGCGGACAAGGAGCACCGCGACCUCCGCGAGCACCGGGACCACCGCGACAAAGACGGCCUGCACAUGGUCAAGUCGGAGCAGAGCAAGCUGGACCUGGACGAGGAGGACGACGACCUGGAUGACAUGGACGAGCGCAAGUACCACAUGCAGCACGCCUACCACCACCCGCUGCAGGGCAUGCCGGGCAUGCCGCACGGGCUGAUGCUCAAGGACGAGCCGGGCGUGCCUCUGCCCGCCACCAAGCCCAAGAUCUGGUCGCUGGCGGACACGGCGGCCUGCAAGACCCCGCCCCCGCCGCCGCCGGGCAGUGGCCAGCCCUGGCCCAGCUCGUGCGCCGGCCCCGGCGGCGACCCCGGCGGCGGUAUGGGCAUGGCCAUGAACGGGUUCGCGCUGCCCACCGCCUCCAUGUCGCCAUCCGCGGCCGCCCCCGCGCCCUACUCGCGGUACGGCGGUGGCGGCGGCGGCGGCUUCUUCGGGGGCGGCUCCUACAGUGGUGGCCACCCCGGCGGCGGCGCGCUCGGCGGCGGUGCGUGCGCGGGACAAGGCUUUCCCGACGUGCAGACGGACACCCCGCCGCAGACGCCGCCCAACAUGAAGCUGCCCAGCGUCGCCGGCAGCCUCAACUGCUUCCAGGGCAACCAGAACCCCAACCUGCAGGGCCAGCAAGGCCAGCAGGGCCCCCAGGGCGCUCCCUACCAGCAGCAGCAGCACUACAUGCAGACGACGAGCCCCAACAACUACAGCAGGUUACAGCACCCGCAGCAGCAGCAACAACACCCCCACCAAAUGCAGCAGCAGCAGCACCAGCACAUGCAGCAGAUGCAGCAGCAGCAACAACCCCCGCAGAUGCAGGAGAUGUCCCCCGUGAAGGAGAGGUCGCCGAUGCACUCGGGGGACGAGGGCACGGUGUCGCCGUACCUGCAGCACCCCCAGCAGCAGCACAUGCAGCAGCAGCAGCAGCACCUCAUGAUGAAUGGCAGCGCCGGAGCCACGCCUAGUCCCAACGAGAGCACCGCGUUCAAGCCCUUCUACAAAAGUUCCCCAACAAUGGGCGGCGGCUUCGUGUCGCCCGUCUAGCGGCGUGGCAGCGCCGCAGUGCUGGCCAGUCCCAGUACUGCCCCGCCAUGCAUCCUGGCUGUGAGCCUCCGGGGCGGGCCGUAGGGCGGGCCGUGGACAGGCC